CAGGCUCGUAAUCGAGGACUGAGGGUAUCACAAGCUGUGCUCUUAUAUAGCGCAGCGUUACUAUUGGUCAAGCCCAAGCCGGCAAUAAACUUUUGAUCAAUAAGGUUAAGGGUAUUGGCGGUAAUCGCAUCAUGGAAAGUAGAACCCAUCACAUAAAAUAUUAACGUUACCGUUGACUUUCCAAGAGAUAUCCCCGAAGCUCCAGAAAUCCCCAUUGUCGAGCUGGCGGGGGAUUUGUCGUUAGCCAUCAAGGCCUUUACAUUCUUUGGCUCUGCGGUGCUCUGAUUUAUGGCGAGUGCGUUGCAAGCCUAGUGUCAUACCCAGGGGAAUCAAUCAGCGCGUUCUCAACCAGAGGACUAAUUCUAGCUCAUACCCAUAAUGGAAUCUAAUCAGUCUCUGACUAGCCCUUUCGUUGGAGCGACACCCAGGUUUCCCCGUGUCCCUGGUCCGACGCCGCUUCAGCGAGCCAGUCCUUUUGAAAACCCUGAAAGCGAUAUAUACCGUGGCUCAACCCCCCAACUCCCAGAGGCGCCCCGUCCGAUCGUACGCGUUAGUUCACCUGACACAGCCUCGAGCAGGCAUUCAUCCCCUUCGACACCAUUCGCGUCCAUCAGAUUAGUUGCAAGAGCCAUCGCUGCCAUAGUGGAGCUUGCAAUCCCUCGCUGGGCUCGACCAUCUGCCUCCACAACUAGCUCAUCCUCUACCACUUCUUCCGCUCCCCCCGCCGCCACGUGGAAGUCUUCCAGACAUCGCCGACGCCCCAACAUCGUUACCUCUACUGUUAACACCGAUUCAGCACAGCGCGCACUCGCUCGCCAAGCCCUUGAAAACGUUCGACGGAUCCCACGGGAAUUCAGUCUGCUUCUGCCAAAUGCUUCCGAAGCCCGGUCUCAAAACAUACCUUCUUCAUUCCCUGGUGGCCGUCCAGUGCCCCAGCAAGACUCUACUUCUCGGCUGAUUCAAACGACCUCGCUACCCCUUAUUUUGUCCAGUAUCGAGCGGGCUCUCCGUGAUGCUAAUAGACUUCGCCAUGAGCAGCACAAGUCCCUUAGAAUGAAUUCUUGCCUCCAUCGCGCCAAGCCUGCACCUGCAAAUUUCCUACCGGCAGCUGUUGUGCACUCUCCCGCCGAAUCUUCCCACGCACGAUGUGGAGAGAAGGCAUUUGAAGGCGGAACUACAACUACGUCGCCACGGGUCGGUUCACGAAGCUCAGUGCCCCCGGUAACCGUGGCCCUGACUAAGUCGAUGUCGCCCGCGUCAAUGGACUCAGUGCCCGAGAUGAAGAACAAAGGAGGUCACGCUGAAAAGCCCUCGUCGAAACAUCAUCAUUCUAGGCCCCUCAUGAGUGCGGGCAUCGGGACGGGUAAUUUUUCGAACACGAAUCUGGGCACUCGAAAACCUACCACGCAGGCUACUACAGGGAAUCGCUCCAGCGGCACUCCACCAGAAGUUGACUCGACUAUUUUGGGUAAUUUAUGGCAGAAAGCGUGGUGGCUCGAUGUGGCCUCUCCUACUUGGGAAGAUAUGCGUAUGCUUGGCACGCUGCUUCAUCUGCACCCACGUACAUUAGAAGAUAUUUUGCAGCAAAACCCACGGGAAAAAGUGGAGAUCUUCCCUCGCUUGGGUUAUUAUUUCGUUGUUAUUCGUUCCGUGGAUUUGAAUAAUUAUCUAGCUGAGAGGGAUCGUGAACAAUUAGGGGAUGAUGGACGACCUCAAAACGAGGAGGAUAUCCCUAAUGUGACAAACGUUUAUAUCACUGUCUUUAGAGAAGGAAUUUGUUCGUUCCAUUUUUCGGAUUUGUCGGAACAUGUCAAUAGAGUUAGGAACAAAAUUUUACAGAUGAAUAACGACACCACAAUCAUGACAUCAGACCACAUCACGCAUGGCUUGAUGGAUUCCAUUGUUGAUGCUUACAUCCCUGUCAUCAAGCGCAUCGGUCAUGAGGUGGAAAAUGUCGAUAGGCUUGUUACCGGAAUGCAAGAUGAGGAUCUAGUACUCCGUGACUGGGAAACUACACUUCAGCACGCCGAAGCUGCCCGGCAACGUGAGGUCGAGCCUGAAGCGAUUGAGGUCAUUGUUGAUCUCAACGAGAAAAGGAAGGAGUCACUCCCGAUAUCGCCCACUUCUCAACCCCGUCGUAGCGCUUGGAAUCAUACAUACCAGCGUUCAUGCUCGACACUGCAAUAUCUGUUUCGCCCUAUCAGCUGUUACCUCUCGUCCUGCGGGUCCGCCUGUGUGCACAGGACCAAGAAACUUUGGCUGAGGCUUAUCUGCCCACGCCUGACUGGUCAGGCAAAGUGGCGUGCUGUCAAGUUUGCGAGAACACAAACUCUCAUAAGGAUGUCUCGGACUAGGCGGACCGUGACGUUGCUCAUAAGGCUCCUCGCCCCGAAGAACGAGGUACUUGGGAUACUGCGGGAUAGAUUGACGGGUGUCGCAGACUUAGGAGCGCACUUAGAUGACGUCCAGGACCAUCUCUUGACAAUGCAACAGUCUUUGGCGCAUUACGAAAGAGUAUUGGCUCACUCUCAGCCAACAUACCUCUCGGGACUUGGAGUGAACCUCGCUCACGCUACGAAUCGAGCAGAUUCAAUGCUCUUGAAGCGCAGUGCUGUCCACACGGCAGAUCACUGCAUGCAAGUGGCUACCGGUGCGUUUCCCUGCUAAAUUUUGCGUGUGUGAGUGACUGAACGACGGUU